AUGUUACCUGAAUCACCACCUUUUCUUUUCUCUUCCCGUUUAUCAGUUUUCGCAGAGGGACUGACUGACUCCGUUAUCUUAGGAGACAAUGUGCAACACUUAGCUAAUUUAAGCGCAUGGCUCAAACGAAGCGAAUCUUCAAAAUGGAAGCGCUGUUGGCGUGCGUCCGUGGAUGGCUGGGCUGCCAGUACUUUUCACAGCGGAUGUGACGACAAACGACCAACUGUAACAAUAAUAAGAGUCGGAGGGACGUACAUAUUUGGAGGGUACACUAACCUCUCAUGGGGUAAGCUCUAAUAGACCUUGUCACGGUUUUCGACGCCAUAUUCACGAGUAGGCAAACGUGUGAGAAAUUACUGUGUUUGUAUGAGAAUCUGAUGUCGAAUAAUUUCCGUAAUUCGGCUGUUCUGAAAAAAAUAUCAAUUGUAAACUAAAGCUACAAAGCAAAGGAUUGUACAAAAAAAACUUGGGGGCGUACCUGUCCUUAAAUUUCUCCAGACGAUUGCUUUAGGUUUUCCAUAUAUUUGUCUGUAAAUUUUCUCGGGACUUUCUUACAGACAAAUCUAUGGAAAAUUUUUAAAAAGUGGUUCAAGGUGUUCUAGUGCAUGCAACGCCCUCACGAUUUUUUUCAGUAGCAUCCUUAGGAGUGAAGCUUUAGUUUACAAUUGAUAUAUUUUUUUCAGAACAGCAAACACUGUAAUUCCCCACGCGUUUACCUACUCGUCAAGGUGGCAUCGAAAACCGUGGCAAGGUCUAUUUUUAAUGGUCUAAACACCAAACAAAGCGGACCACCUUUUAGUAUCACACCGUGGUUGCGCAUACUAAGCUGGAGGGAUUGUUGGCGUGCGGAAUCCAACCAGCCCCUCUCCGACAAUACUCUUUACUUACUUUCUCCAUUUUAACAAAACAAUGUUUGGGAAUUCGGGUUUGUAUGUUUAGCACCAAUUCUGUAGGGUUACUUCAUUAGGGAAUUGUAACGUUGUUUCAUGCAAGAAAGUCAAACAAUGAUACUAUUAAGAAAAUUAACAGCUUUUUAAAUAACAGCAUGAAAUAAUACAAGUGUAAUGGAAAAAUGAUGGAUAUGGGUGUUGGAAUGGGUUAGGGCUGAAUCCUCACGAAGACGACUUUCUCUCCGAUUUUCCAUGAAUAAAACGCAGUUAAGGCGAAGUAGUAGUAUAAGAGGUAAAGAAAGUUCUGUUGCACAGGGAUGAUGACUUGACACUGCGUUAUCUAGCAGAACGAUGGAUAAUUACAGAUAUUCGCCGACAAUAAAAUUAUGUGCUGAUAUUUCUACUCUAAAAAGUGGUUUUCAGGCAAAGCAUUUCGCACUAUUGUCUCAAGUGCCAUUGUAUUAAAAAAAUAAUAACAAAAAUGACUAGAACGCAAGUGUGAAUUGAUUAAAGCUUAGGUUCCUAAGGCUCGAUUUCCUGCUCUUAAAGCUAAAUGAGAAUUAACUGUAUAUAAAAAGUGCGAGGUAAAUGGGGAAAAAUGCCGCUUCUAAUCAAGUCUUUUUUGUCAUAGUUCACAAUAAAAAUAAUAUAAAAUAAAAUAAUUGCUAACGAGCAGCCUCGCGAAGAUUCGAGGCUGCGAGGCGGCAGCCUAAUAGAACCGUGCGCGAUUGUUCCAGGGGCAGAAAAAAUCUUGAAUCGAUGCAACAUAGAGUCAUGCAAGGCAGCCAUAACGGAAUGCGGAACAGAGAAUGCAUUGUUUUCGAGUGAAAAUUUGAUACAGAUCAGAGAAUCCACGAGCCGUGUGUGUGUUUGUGAGUCCCGCGCUCAUCCCGUCUUCAACCAAUCGUCAGGUGGAUCAUUUCCAUCCUACGCCACAUCUGUCGCAUUUGCCUGCUGGAAUUUUUUAUAGGAUGCCGCUAAUAACGCAGCGAAAUUUUUUGUGUCUUUGAAGCAAAAUAAUUCGGAAGGCUUCAUUGGCGCCCCAUAAAUUUUUUAGCUUUAAAAAGAGACCAAAUAUAAGUCUGUACGUUGAAUAUUCGGGGACUUUAGUCCACUAAAUUUUACGCAAAAUGAGCUGGGCGCAACUUCGGACAAAAACACGAACUCCAAUAUCUCGAAAAAUUUGCUGCUUAAAGUCGGGAUCUCAAAUUCUUAAUGCAGUAGAACAGUUAAGUUCACUAUUUUCAAAAGACAAAUUAAAGCAAGGGGCACACGUACACCAAACCCAUGAUCCCCGUUCCCCGCGCAUAUCGUGGGAGAACUGCCAUGCGGUUCCCAGUCAACAGCUCCCACAUGUGUUGUGUGGAGCUGGCACUUGAAGAACUCGCCUCGGCAAGAAAGGACUCAGUAAGACAAAGUCAGACCCAGUAAAGGCGAAACAGCUGUUCAUAGCUGCCACUGAUACUGGCUGUGCGCAUGCGUGAGGUAAUGGUGUAUGUGUGCCCCUUGCUUACUUCAAUGGUAACUGAUACUCCACCUUCCCCGAGCAUGUCCUAGUAGAACUGCUGUGCGGUUCUCAGUUCUCAUGUGUUGUGUGGACCUAGCGCUUGAUAGACUGCUUUGCACUCUCCUCGGUAGUAAGGGUUUUUUUCUUCUUGAUGUACCGCCCCGGCCGCGAGUUGGUGUAUGUGUGCCCCUUGCUUUAGGUUUGCACUAUUUUCAAUGCUUCAAUGCUCUUAUUUCUUUGCUCGUUGGCACUUGGCGAUAGCUAUAACUAGUAGCAAUAAUAAAAUAAACUGAGAGAGUAUUUUGAUCAAAGCUAUGUAUACUGAGAUCAAACUGAAUAGCAGCAUGGAAUCUUACGUUUCCUGUUUUUCUCUUACAUAUUGUACAACGCAAACUCAACUUUACUUUAGCAAAAUGUUUUUGCUUUUUUUUUCGUUUUUAACUAUCUUAUGUUUUAAAUAUGUGCUGUAGUCAAUCACAUACUUUAAGGUGAUUAAUGUAAAUUCAUUUUAAAUCUUAUACAUUUUCCAUCUUUUUUUAGAAUCUUAUCGUAUCUUUUUAGAGUUUUUUUCGUAGUUGUAUUACUGUAAAUCAUUUCAUCCUGUUUUAUAAGAACCAGAAUCUCAUUUGCCAUUCUGAAAACAUCCCUCCUAUGCUUAAGGGGAACGCGUUCAAUGAGGAGAGUAAAUCUCAACCUAAAAGAUAUGGACUUUGACAUCGAAAGAGGACUUUUAGGACGCUGGAUUUUGAUUUAGAGAAAGGAUAUUGAAUACUGUAUAUUCAAUUAUUACUACUAUUUAAUAUUCUUAUCGAUGUUGGUUCAUGUUGAAAUCGUGGCAGUUUUUUUACUUUUUUUUUUUAAAGUCAUUUCAUCCUUAUUUUUCAUUUUAGGACUAUAUCGUAAUCAUUUUUACACGUAAUAGUUUUUUUUUUCUUCAAGAAAUAAGCUUUAAAUCUUAUGCGUUUACACUGCGAAAAUGAUGAUGAUGAUGUUGAUGAAGAUUAUAAUAAUAAUGGCCUGAGGAGCCCAAAAAAUCUUCAGUAUGAAUCGGUGUAUUUCAAAAAGCUACACAAAGACCGAGCAGAACUGGGGCUGCUCUAGUGUCAACUAUUACAAGUGUGUACCUCUUUUUCACUCAUUAAAGUUUCCCUUGCACAAUUAUUUCGUGUACUCUGUCGCCAAAAAGCAAAACUGUACCUUUGCGUUUUUAAGUUAGCUGGACUACGACCAAGACGGCAUCGCAGGGGGUAGUUCGGAAAUUAAUUUGGAAGUACAGUGGAACCUCGGCAUAACGAAGGACCCAGAAACCGGCAGAAUUUGUUCGCUAUACAACGAGGUGUCGUUUUAUCGAGUUUCUUUUCCAUCGGCUAAAGAACAUCGUUAGUUACAUUAAGGAAUUCGUCAUAUAGAGGUUCUUUAUUUCGAGGUUCCGCUCGUCUGUAGUAAACAACAAUUGAACGAUUCAAGCCUUUACAUCGGGAUGUAAUUUAUCGAUCUGUUCAAUCUUUUUUGGGGUUUAGCCUUUAAAAUAAGUACCAGUUUCUUCCUUCCAAAAGUAAAUACUUUUAAGUAUUUAAAAGUAAGAAUACGUUUAUUCUAACUUAAGUUUAUUCUUACUUAAAAGUAAGAAUAAACUUAGUAUUAAAAACACACUUUUCACGAGUUUGAUAUCUUUGCUAAGGGAGUUAAACUAUUUACUAAACUAUUUAAACUAUUUAAUUACGAGUACUAUUAGUAUAUUUUCUUGUCUGUAUGAAUUCCAAUUUUUGAACGAAGUCUGUACAUUGAUCAUCUUUUUCAUUUCUUAUUUUCCGAACAGGUUCCAGCUGCCAGUACCGAUAUGAUUCCCAGGCAUUUCUUUUCUCGCUGGUUAACAAGCCAGGAUGGGCACCUGUGAAACUGCCUCAGACAGGGCAGCAUAGUUCUAACAGAUAUUCCAUAUACGACUGCUCGUCUUAUGGACCUACUUUCGGAGGAGGCCAUGACAUUUACAUUGCCAACUACGCGUCAUCCAGUAGCAGUUCCCAUGCCAACCUUGGCUAUGCUUACAGCCCACCGAGCGGGUACAGCUAUGGAAGCACCUUCGCCCGGACAUUUCUGGCAGGAGGAAGUAAUGAUCAUUUUACUCCAGAUGAAAUAGAAACAUUUUACGAAACAACCUGA